GAAAGUGAAUGAGUGACAGUUCAUCCAUCCUCAGCUCUUAACGCAGCGCAUGGGGCAUCAGGCAGGAUCCGAGCGGAAUUAGCAGAUGAGAACUUCAACGGAAUCACAAUGAAUUUGAACUACAUAUUCCAGCCCACGCAGGGACUUACAGUUUGGUGUAUUUUUAAACAAUCACGUCUUUGCGCCCGGUUAUACUUGAACUAGUUGAAUAUGCGGUUAAAAGCGAAUUAAGGAUUUUAGAAGAUGAUCGUGAGGAGGUUGUUUCAUGCACUGCCUGUCUUCGCUCUGACACUUUUCAUCCUGCUUUUGCUGGAUUUGCAACUGCGCACCCGGAGUGACCAAAAAACCACCGCGCCUUUUGCGCACGAAAAAACACCAAGAUCUACAGCUCUGAGUCAAAACAGAGACGCUGUUAAUGACAAACAAAGCCUACAACGUCAGAAAUUUAGGGAGGUGAAGCCACAUCCACCUUUAGGACUCAGUGACAUCUUCAUUGCAGUGAAAACCACUGGCAGGUUCCACAAGACCCGCCUUGCACUUCUUCUGGAGACUUGGAUCUCCAGGACUAAAGACCACACGUACAUCUUCACAGACAGUCCAGAUGAUGACAUCUCCUCUGAAGGAUUUAACGUCGUCGUCACCAACUGCCCGCCGGAGCACAGUCAUCAAGCUUUAUCCUGCAAGAUGGCGGCCGAGUACGACCACUUCAUGGCCUCUGGCAAAAAGUGGUUGUGUCAUGUUGAUGACGAUAACUACCUGAACCCUGGAGCUCUUCUCUCUCUCCUGACGGACUUCCCAGCGGACGGCGAUAUCUAUGUGGGCAAACCAAGUCUGGAUCGACCGAUGAGAGCUCAGGAGCUGCUGGAAGGAAAUAAGACGAGGGACGUCCAUUUCUGGUUCGCUACAGGAGGGGCUGGUUUCUGUCUGAGCAGGAAGCUGGCAGAGAAGAUGGCACCGUGGGCAAGUGGUCCCAGGUUCGAGCAGACAUCUGCUUUGAUCAUGCUACCUGAUGACUGUACGGUGGGCUUUAUAGUUGAGAGGCGUCUGGGAAUCUCAAUGGUCCACAGCAACAUGUUCCACUCUCAUCUGGAAAACCUACUUCUUAUUGCAGCUAGCGAUAUCCCAAAACAGGUGACUCUCAGCUACGGAUGGUUUGAGAAUAAAAUGAACAGUGUUGAGCUAAAAGGAGUUUUUACCAAAGAUGAAGAUCCGUCCAGGUUCAGGACAGUCCAUUGUCUUCUGUACCCUACAACAAAUUGGUGCCCUGUAGCCCUCAAAAGCGCCUUGUCAUGGAAUCAGCAUGUUCUCCCAUGAUGCAAUUGGCCUAAAUGGACAAUAAUCAUGUAUAAUGUGAGAAUUUCAAUGCCUAAAGUCUCCAAGACAUUUGUGUUUUGUAAGGACCAAGGAGCCAACAAAGGCCAAAAGCACUGCAUGUUGGUCAAACGAGGAAACUGAGAAACCUCAACAUUUUAACUGAGCCAUUGUUGUUAUUGAAAUUGGAAGUGUAACUUCUGUCUACACGCUGCACAUUUUGUUUUUUAUAUGAUCUUUUGAUUCAUUGACUCCUAAAUAUUUUUGUGAUUAUCAAAUAACACAUCUCUGUCAAUGCACUGUAUAUUAGUUUCUAAGUGUAAAAAUGCUUUAAAAUCAGUUCACUUGAUGAAUAUGUUGUUUUUAAACUUUUAAAAUCAAAAGACUUCAAAACAGGGUAAUCAAAAUAUUUUCUUGGUAUUAUCACUUGUAUUUGCACUGUACGCAUUUUGAUUACUGUAAUGUAUUUGUAGUGUAUGAUUUACAUGAAGCACUUCAGAUAAGUGGAUGUCCACUAAAAUAUGUUUUUAAAUACAUUUUAUACAGUGUUAGCUAAAUAAAGAUUAUUUUCUUCUAUAAUGA